AUGUCAGCAAGCGCGCCAUAUCCCGAGUUCUGGGUCCGCAAAAUGCGCUCAGUUUUUGUAAUGUUCGACCACGACUUGGACGGCGUUGUCAAAAAGAAUGAUUUUGUGGACUUUUGCAUCGCUAGAGCUAAGUGUCUCCUCAAACAAGAACAAAUUGACACGUUUAAAGACCAAAUCAACAACGCUUGGGAUUAUUUCUGGGCUGGGCCGGAGAAGAGAGUGAACGUAACUCUUAGGGACUGUAUCUACAACCACGCGCGCACUUUUCGCGAACCAACUUUUCAAGAAGAGCAGAGAAAGUGGUUAUAUGUCUAUUUCGACACAGUCGCAGACAAAAAUGGCCACGGUUAUAUUACCAGAAAGGAAUAUGAAGAGUUCCUGGGCCUUUUUGGCGUACACCCUCUAUCUGUCCCUCCGUCGUUUGAGGCCUUAGACACAGAUGGUGAUGGUCAGAUCAGCAAAGAAGAGUUCGUGAAUGCUGCCGUUGGUUUCUUCUGCUGCACUGCAGACACCCCGGCAAAGUUGUUUAUGGGUCCGUUCUUGGCUUAA